CACACCUACAUUCUUUUUUCUGCAGACUGAGAACUCUAUCACUGAUUUACUUGCAUAUAUAGACCACCUCAAUGUAAUUCCAUGCAUGUUCCUUAAUUUUCUGCCAAGCAAAGAAGGCGUUUUGAUUUAACUAUUUGCUGCUUUUGGGAUCAAACAUGGUUUGGCUGAAUUGGCAACAUCAGAAGUUUAAGCAUCUCUUGAAUCCUCCUGCCUUAUCUUUAAGACAACCCUUCUACAUCCUUACAAUCACCCUCCUCAACCUUUUGCUCCCACUCUCAUUUCUCCUCCUAUCCAGGUUCUCUAAUGCUCGCUACUAUCUCCUAAGCCUUGAAGUUGACUCUUUUCCUUCCUCACAGCUUUCUUCUUUUCUCUCAUCAUUCCUCCCCAGUGUUCUCUAUCUUCUUGUUUCCAUUAUUAGCACAACCACUCUUGUCCACAGCUUGACAGGAAAGGUUACCAUUACAAGCGAGUCUCUAAAGCCCGUUUUACGACCCCGUUUGUACAUUGCAUGGCCUUUUAUAUGCACGUUGCAAGUCUGCAUCGGUUUGGGCAUAGAAGGGAGCAUUGCAGCAGGAAUUAAUGAUUGCUCCAGUAGUACUGUUGGUAUGGAGAGAAGCUUGUUGAGCAGAUUAAUUUUCUUCCUGGGAUUGCAUGAAACGAUGCUUCAUUGGUCUAGGGUAGUGGUGAGGCCUGUGGUGGAUGACACUUUUUUCGGGGUUGCUACCGAGGAAAGGUGGGCUGAAAUGGCGGCCAUGGCGGCAAGCUUUGGUACCCUAUGGUGGUGGAAGUUGAGGAAUGAGGUCGAGUCUCUGGUGGCAGUGGCCGAGUUCAAGGGAUCAGAGGUGGCUGACUUUGUUGCUUGGGGGCUCUAUUACCUGACUGUAACAAUUGGGAUGAUCAAGAUUGUGAAGGGUUUUAUGUGGCUUGGCAUGCUUUUGCUAUGUAGGAGAGCGGGGAUCAGGGGGAGCUCACCAGAUUCUAGUACUGGGGAUGAAGACAAAGUCUGAAUUUGACAGUACUCUCGAUGAUCUUAUUAUUUAUUUUAUGAUCACUCUCGUUUAUUCAAUAUCUAAUCUGAAUUUGACAGCCAAUGUUGUAUUAAGUUCUGAUCAUCAGGCAUGUGUUGUAUUAUGGCUGUACUACGCGACAUUAAUACAAC